AUGGCAACCACCGAAUCGUCAGCGCCUGUCAACGGCAACUACGCGUCACAGGGCUACGACAAUUUUGGGUCUUCGCAGCAGCAGACCUCCAGCCAGCCCGCGCAACAAGCGCCUGCGGAAAUCCCCAAGGAUGAGGUCGGCUGGUACUUUGUCGAGCAGUACUACACCACCCUCAGCAAGAGCCCCGACCGACUUUACCUCUUCUACAACAAGCGCUCCCAAUACGUCUCUGGCGUCGAGGAGGAGAAGGUCAGCGUGUGUCUGGGACAGAAGGCCAUCAACGAGCGCAUCAAGGAGCUGGAUUUCAAGGACACCAAAGUCCGCGUGACCAAUGUCGACUCCCAGGGCUCUGACGCCAACAUUGUCAUCCAGGUCGUUGGCGAGAUCUCCAACCAGGGCCAGCCACACAAGCGCUUUGUGCAGACCUUCAUCCUCGCCGAGCAGACCAACGGCUACUUUGUUCUCAACGACAUCUUCCGCUACCUUGCCGAGGAGCCCGAGGAGGAGGAAGAGGCCCAGCAGGAGUCGUCCGCCAACGGCGUCCCGGAGUCUGCUCCCACAGCCGAUGUCGAGCAGCCCGAGGAGCCUGUAGCUAGCGAAGAGAGCCCGAGCAAGGCGGAUGAGAAGCCUGAGGAAGCUGCGCAAGAAGACCCUGUCAGCGAGGAUGCCACUGCUGCUGCUCCCGUCGAAGAAGCUGCCGAGGCUGUCGAGACUCCUGAGGUUGAGGAGGCUGCGGCUCCUGCUAGCGAGGAGGCGUCGACCAAAGAGCCUGAAGCUCCGGCUGCCGAGGAGGCCACCGAGCCUGAGAAGUCUGAAUCGCCCGCCCCUACGCCCGCCCCAGCUACCCCCAAGGCCGCCGCUCCCGUCGCCAUGCCAUCUGGUCCCCCGAAGCCAAGCGCACCCCGAACAUGGGCCAGUCUUGCGGCCUCUGCGCACAAGGUUGCCACCCCUGUUGUCGCAGCGCCCUCCACCCAGCAAGCACCUGCCCAACCCAAGGCUGCGGCUCCCACACAGCCUGCGCCGGCGGCCGCGCCAGCUCAGACUUCGUCGCCUGCUCAGGAGGACUCACCGGCAGCCAAGGAAGGCGAGGCCUCAGGCUGGCAAACCGCUACCGGACACAAGAAAGAGCAGUCUCGCGUCCAGAACCAAGGUCCCGCCCCUGACGCGGACCAGAAGCGUGGCUACAUCAAGAACGUCUACAGCCAGGUCGAGGAAGGUCCAUUGAGGGCUGCUCUCACCAAGUUCGGCGAGGUUGAGUACCUCGACGUCAGCCGUGCGAAGAACUGCGCAUUCAUCGACUUCAAGACACCUGCUGGAUACCAGGCCGCCGUCGCCAACAACCCCCACACCGUCAACGGCGUCGAGCUCAAGGUUGAGGAGCGUCGCCAACGCCCAGAACAAUUCCGUGGUGGCUUUCCCCGUGGUGGUGCUCCUCGUGGGCGUGGAGGUAUGGGUGGCCAAGCUCCCCGAGGUGCUUUCCAGCCACGUGGCCGCGGCGGUUCCAUGCGCGGCCGAGGAGGCCCUCCCCAAGAGUCUUCCUGA